AAUCACAGCCCCGUGGAGCUGGCGCUCGCUCAUUCAGUUUUCUAGAGAGAUCUGAGCCGGAACUCGGGAGCCAGGAGAUCUUUCUCGCCCACACAGCUCAGCAGCAAGGACAUCUACAGGGGGAAAAAGCCCACCCCACGCAGCCCCCCGCCGCCCCACGACAGCUGCCGGCGCUGUGCAGUAAGUGGUGGAAUAAACAACACUUUCCUUUGGAUGGAUUAUAGUACGUGUGAACUGCCUGUUACUCUGCAAGAAUAAGAAAGCUCUGUGCUUUUACUUGUUAAGUAUCAGCUUGAUAGCAAAAAGCAUCUGGAUGGCUCACGGUCACAGCAGACCAUCACUUGAAUGGGAUCAGCACUUCUACUAAAAUAUCCGAAGUUAAGGAUUUGGAAAAGAGGUUUUUGCAGACAUGACCCAUUUACAAGCUGGACUUAGUCCAGAGACUAUAGAGAAAGCCCGCCUGGAACUGAAUGAAAACCCAGACAUUUUGCACCAGGAUAUCCAGCAAGUCAGGGACAUGAUCAUCACGAGGCCUGACAUUGGGUUUUUACGUACAGAUGAUGCCUUCAUCUUGAGAUUUCUCCGAGCCAGAAAGUUUCACCAAACGGAGGCCUUCAGACUGCUGGCUCAGUACUUCCAAUACCGCCAAUUAAAUCUGGAUAUGUUCAAAAACUUCAAGGCUGAUGACCCAGGAAUCAAACGGGCUCUGACAGACGGGUUUCCGGGAGUGCUGGAAAAUCGCGACCACUGCGGCAGGAAGAUUCUUCUGCUUUUUGCAGCCAACUGGGAUCAGAGUAGGAACUCCUUCAUAGAUAUCCUUCGGGCUAUUCUGCUUUCCUUGGAAGUGCUCAUUGAAGAUCAGGAGCUUCAAAUAAAUGGCUUCAUUCUAAUUAUAGACUGGAGCAACUUCUCCUUCAAGCAAGCUUCCAAGCUUACACCAUCUAUCCUCAAACUGGCCAUUGAAGGGUUACAGGACAGCUUUCCUGCACGUUUUGGAGGAGUCCAUUUUGUCAAUCAGCCCUGGUACAUCCAUGCCCUGUACACGCUAAUCAAACCAUUCCUCAAAGACAAGACAAGGAAAAGGAUCUUUCUGCACGGGAACAACCUGAACAGCCUCCACCAGCUAAUACACCCCGAAUGCCUGCCCUCUGAGUUUGGGGGGACUCUGCCUCCCUACGACAUGGGGACGUGGGCUCGAACGCUGCUGGGUCCCGACUACAGCGAUGAGAACGAGUACACCCACACCUCCUACAACGCCAUGCACGUGAAGCACGCCUCCUCCAACCUGGAGAGGGAGGCCUCGCCCAAGCCCAUGAAAAGGUCCCAGUCCGUGGUGGAAGCUGGCACGCUGAAACACGAAGACCAGGGGGAGAGUGAGAACACCCAGCCACUGCUGGCUCUGGACUGAGCUCUCAGGAGCCCCAGGGAGAUCCAUGAGCAGACCUCCACCCUGGCAGAACCCCACGGAGCACACCACACUCAGACACAUGCACGCACACACGCGUCUCGCUUGAUGACAAGUCCUUCGUGUUUCCUGACCAGUAACAACUGUCACCAGCCAUCUGUCCCCAGGGCUGGUGCUGAACAAAAACUGAGAAACUUCUACUGACACAGCAGUCUGUCCAUACACAAAGAAUUGGAUUUCUGGUUUUUUUUUCUCUUUGACUUGUGACAUUAAAAUAUUGGAAAUGGUGGGACUGCAUUCUCUGUUUAAAGAAACCAGGGUGUGUUCAUAGUGUUUCUGAAGACUUCAUCAGGGAUGUUCAUUUUAUAGAAGUGAAGGUUGCAAGAGUUUUAAAGAAAAGCAUCUCAAAUUUAAACUUUACGCUGUAAUCAGCAAGUGUAAUCUGAGUUAGAGGGCAGAAUCAUCAGCAUCUAUAGAGUACUUGAGUUUUACAGAAGGAUUUUGCAUUUAAAAAAGAACCCCAGUGCCAGCAUAAUGCCAUUCAACAUGACACGUUGCGACUGCCUCAUCCACGCAGCUUAUACGGGGGUCACAUUUCAGUAUCUAGCAAAAAUUGUUCUCAACUUUUGAAGCCCUUCUAAAACUGCCAGAUAAGUGGAAUGAGCUGUGUGAGCAGCAAACACACACAAUUUGAAAUGCAAUUACUUGAUUUUAAUAAUGAUCAAAAUUUCCACAGGCAAUUUAGGAGCCUAUAAGACACGUGCGUGUGCAUGUGUGUGCACAUGUGAAGGGGGUGGUUCCAGGGAGGCACACUGGACAAAUUCAGCAGUGAUU